AUGGCCGACAAGGAAGCCACCGUGUACGUCAUCGACGUCGCUCAGUCGAUGGGCAAGAAGCACUCAGGUCGAAGUCAAAGCGAUCUGGAUUGGGCACUACAAUAUGUUUGGGACAAAAUCAGCAACACCGUCUUCACAGGCCGCAAAACCCUACAAAUCGGCGUUGUAGGCCUUGGGACUGACAAGACUUCUAAUGCCAUGCAGACAGACGAGAGCUACGAGCACAUCAGUGAGAUCCAGCCCAUCGCUCAGGUCCUCAUGCCCCAGCUCCAGCAGUUACCGCGACUCCUCAAGCCCAGCAAGACUGAGACGCGAGACGUUCUCUCUGGGAUCAUCAUUGCGGUGGACAUGAUCAUGAAGCACUGCAGACAUCUGAAGUACAAGAAGAGGAUCGUCGUUGUGACAAAUGCAACGGGACAGAUCGAUGACGACGGCAUCCAGGACACGGCCACGCAGUUCAGAGACAACGGGAUUGAGUUGGUGGUGCUAGGAAUCGAUUUCGAUGAUGCGGAAUAUGGCGUCAAGGAGGAGAACAAAUCGCCGCAGAAAGCCAGGAAUGAAGAGACUUUACGGAAACUGGUGGAACUCAGUGGAGGGGAGCUUGGGACAAUGCAAGAGGCCAUCGACGGACUGGCACGGCCGCAGGUCAAACCCGUCAGACCAACGCCGACAUACAGAGGAAGAUUGUGCUUGGGGGAUCCUGAGAAAUACGACACCGCGCUGACGAUAGAUGUCGAGAGAUAUUUCAAGACUGCGGUACGACGACCUCCGACCGCGACGGCAUUCGUUGUUCGAGAGGGCAACCCGGAAGAGGAAGAGGAGGAUGGACUGGGAACUGUGCAUACCAAAUACACCUACAAGAUCAAAGACGAGAAUGGCGCAGAUGGAACCCGGGAAAUCGCACGAGAAGACCUCUCCAAGGGCUAUGAGUAUGGAAGAACGGCCGUGGCAAUCUCCGAGUCGGAGUCCAACAUUACGCAACUGGAGACUUUUGCGAAUUAUGAUAUUAUUGGGUUCAUCCCUGCGGAAAAUGUCGAGCGAUAUAUGCUAUUAGACAGCGCAAACAUGGUGGUGGGGCAGAAGGGGAAUGACAAAGCCGGGCUUGCUCUGUCGUCUCUGAUCCACGCUCUACAUGAACUCAACUCGGUGGCAGUUGCGAGACUGGUCAAGAAAGACGGAGCCGAACCCAUCUUGACAAUACUCUCACCUCUUGCAAACCAGGAAAUAGAAUGUCUGGUGGAAAAUGUCCUUCCAUUCGCCGAAGACAUUCGUUCCUAUCGGUUUCCACCACUCGACAAGAUCGUCACAAUCUCUGGUAAAGAAUUGACAGAACACCGUAACCUCCCAAGUGACGAUCUUCUGAACAGCAUGAGCGAUUUUGUUGACAGUAUGAGCCUGAUCAAUGAUGAUGGCGAGGAGCUCAUGGCCAUGGAAGACACAUUCUCUCCGAUUCUCCAUACCAUUGAAGGAGCUGUCAAACACCGUGCUGUGCAUCCAGAUGACAGCGUGCCACCAAAACCCGCGGCUCUCAUGGCUUACUCACAACAAUCGGAGGAGCUGCAAGAGAGGAGCAAGAAGGCACUUGACAGAUUGGUCAAGGCCGCCGAUGUGAAGAAAGUCCCCGCCAAGGUCAAAGGCCGUCGGAGAUAUCGCGAUGUCGAGAAGCCGUUGUCCGGACUCAAUGUCGAGGAUCUAUUUCGCAAGGAGAAGGGAAACCGGUCUCGCAUCUCACCCAAUAAUGCAGUCCCCGAAUUCAAACAAUUGCUCGACUCCACUCAAGCCAUGGACGCGAUCACAGAUGGGGUCAGUCAGAUAUCGCGGAUUGUGGAGGACCAGAUCAAGACCAGUUUCGGAGAUAAGAACUAUGAUCGAGUUCUCGAGCUGCUCGGUACAGUGCGGGAGGGAAUGUAUCAGAUGGAAGAGCCCGAGGUGUAUAAUGAUGCUCUCCGCCAGCUUAAAAAGAAGAUCAUGGCCAAAGAGCUCGGUGGUGAUAGGUCGGAAUUGUGGUAUAAGAUUCGCGUCACCAAGCUCGGGUUGAUCACCACAGAUGCGACGGACCAUUCGAAGGUGAGCCCUGAGGACGCGGACGCUUUCAUGAGGUCGAAAUCAUGA